AUGUACAACUCACCAUCGAUAGCACCACCACCUCCAUACGCAGCGACCUCUACGUACAGAGCGUACAAUCGAAGCCAAGCGAACAAGAAAGGGAUAUCAUUGCUACCCCUUCAUUUGGUCCAUCGGAUCCUUAGUCUCACUCUAGAUCAACGGUCGACUCCUUCGAAGUUCUGGUCUGAUCCAGAGGAGGAGCGUGUAAGGAGGAUAUGGGCUUUGUUCCGCGGACUGAGAGGUGUGAAUCGUGUAUUCUGGCUGGUUGCUACUUCGAUCUUGAGGGGAUUAUACCUUGAAUCAUAUUUAUCACAUAUCAGACCUAACUACUCAUCAGAUCCAUUCCCAUAUGAAUCAUCUCAUCUCGACGAUCCAGCGCUUGGUAAUGCGGACAUCGAUACCACCAGUACUUCAGUGUAUGAAGGUAGAGGACGAGAAACUGCAAUCUUCGAUAGAUAUAUAGCUGUUAGAGUGGGACAAGAAUUGAGACAAGUCGAGAGCUCGCUUAGUGAAGAAGGAGAAGCGAUUGGUGAUAUAUUCGGCAGAUUACAGCCAACAGCACGCAUAGAAGAUCUUCUGUUAAGUCUACCUUCUACAUAUAUCGUCUCAGCUACUUCCUCGCCCAGUCCACCCCCUCAAGGCCUACCAUUGCCUCAAUCACAUAUGAGUGUCACCCUGACUCCCACUUGGGCUCAGGUAUAUCUCCAUUCCCAACCCGUCUCAUCGACGAGAAGAGGUUCAAAAGAGCUCGUAAUAGAAGUCAGGAGGAUAGGUACAUUAGAAGGCACUCUAAAAAGGAUAGAAGACGGCUUAGAUGAUAUACAACGUAGACUUGCCCCUUGGGGAGGACGGGUCCUGUGA